AUGAAAAAGGUAUUUUUAUAUGAAUUGAUUUUUGUUGCUCAUGUUAAAUUUUGUAUUUUAAUACAAAUGCAAUCAGUAAUAUUACCUUUUCAAAAUCAAAUUAGUAGAUUUAGAUAAUUUAGGAUCCCUUAAAAAGUAUAAUAAUAGAAUUUUACUAAUAGAGGAAUUAAUGCUAAUAAUUAUUCUUAUUUGAUUUAUUUAGUUUCUUUGGAUAAUGUCUAGGGUUAAUGUUUAAAUAACCUUUUUGAAAAUUUUAGAUUAAAUUAAAUUUUUAUAAUGGCAUGA